AUGGGUUUCGUCAAACAGCUCUUCGUCUCUCCGGAGGUCAACCCCAGGAAUCGAAAAGCCUUAUCAAUUCCCAUUCUCAACCCCUUUGACCAAUAUGGAAGGGUUUUCUUUUUUUCAUGGUUCGGGUUCAUGGUGGCUUUCCUGUCGUGGUAUGCAUUCCCACCACUAUUGACUGUCACAAUCAGAGAAGAUCUACACAUGAGUCAGGCGCAAGUCGCAAAUUCGAACAUUGUGGCUCUUCUAGCGACGUUGCUUGUGAGGUUUAUUUGUGGACCUCUUUGUGACCGGUUUGGUCCGCGACUGGUAUUCAUUGCGCUCCUUUUAUGUGGCUCGAUCCCCACCGCCAUGGCAGGUCUUGUCACGAAUGCUCAGGGCUUGAUUGCUCUGCGCUUCUUCGUCGGAAUCCUCGGUGGUACUUUCGUUCCCUGUCAGGUCUGGUGCACCGGUUUCUUCGACAAAAAGAUUGUUGGAACCGCCAACUCCUUGGCGGCUGGUUGGGGAAACGCUGGUGGCGGGAUUACAUAUUUCAUCAUGCCUGCUGUCUACGAUUCUCUCAUCGGCCAGGGCCUUCCACCACAUAAAGCAUGGCGCGUUUCCUAUAUAGUUCCAUUCAUCAUCAUCGUGGGUGUGGCCAUCGGUAUGUUUUUCACUUGCGAAGACACGCCAACAGGAAAAUGGUCGGAACGCCAUAUCUGGGACCGGGAAAACAACGGGCCAGGAAACAACAUUGUCGACCUCAGUUCGGGCAACCCGUCUACCCGACCCUCCGGACCACCAUCUAUCAUCAAUGUUGUAGCGGACGUGGAGAAGAAAGGCACCCAAUCCCCCAACCCGGUGGAUCACGACAGCCAAAUGAUCGGACAGCUGGACGCUCUAAGCAAUGAUACCGUGGUGUCUCUCUCCCACAAGGAAGCCAUGAGUGUCAUCUUCAGCCUCUCCACCGCUGCUGUUGCUAUCCCCUACGCCUGCUCCUUCGGGGCUGAGCUGGCCAUCAACUCCAUCCUAGGCGAGUUCUAUUCCGAGAACUUUCCUCAGCUAGGCCAGACCGAGUCUGGAAAAUGGGCAGCCAUGUUCGGUCUUCUCAACGUCGUCUUCCGACCCGCAGGGGGAUUCAUCGCUGAUAUCCUAUACCACUACACACAGUCGGUAUGGUCGAAGAAACUCUUCCUUUCCUUCCUGGGCAUCGUCAUGGGGGCUUUCCAGCUGGCCAUGGGUCUCUCUAAUCCCAAGAGCGAAGCCACCAUGUUCGGACUUACAGCGGGACUGGGGUUCUUUCUGGAAGCGUGCAACGGGGCCAAUUUUGCCGUUGUUCCCCACGUUUAUCCUUUCGCCAACGGAAUCGUCUCCGGCGCCGUAGGAGGCAUGGGCAACCUAGGCGGGAUCAUCUGCGCCAUUAUAUUCCGAUACAAUGGUUCCCACUAUGCCCGGUCCCUCUGGAUCAUUGGAGUAGUUGUCAUUGUUGCCAAUCUCGCAGUUACGUGGAUUCGACCGGUGCCGAAGAACUAA